UUUCGCGACUAAAAUUACCGGUUUUUGAAAUCACUAAUUAUAUCGUCGGCUUUUUGCAACUCCUUAAUUCAUAAUUACCGCUUGUUAUGGUUAAUUGACUACAAUACUAACAAGAUAAUAUGACGAAAUAAUUGCCGCUCCACAAAUUCCUUUUUUUAUUAAUUGAUCCUCGCGAUGACGCGUUCACAUUCGCACGUCAUUAUGACGUAGUCAGACAGCUUGUCAUCUAACGUUUAAAUGAAAUGAAUGAAAUAUUAGAACUGAAAUUCAUUGCAGACAAAUUGAGGCAAGAAAUUUUCAUGGACACGUCUCGUCUGUUAUUUAUAGACGUACUGUUUGAUUUGUAUACCGCGUGGCGUCGUAGCUUACCUACAUAAUCUACGGCCGUAGCUCGCGGAAUGUAUGUACAUCUUGCACUAUGUAGAGCAUUGUGACAUGACGUGAAGCUUAGUGAAUUAGUGAUUAACAAACCAAAGUGCCCAAAGUUAUUUAUUAAGAAAGAUAUUUAUUUACACGUUUAUUUAUUAAUUUUAAUUAAAUAAAAAUAAAAAACGAAAAACCGGUAAUCAAAAAACAGUUCCGUCUCUAUAGUUCUAAAUUCAAAGUGAAGUGCGUUAAGAAAGAUGGCGACAAGUUGACAAAGUGGCCUACAUGCCGGUGGCGCUGGGCUCGCUCGGCGGCGAGGGCGAGUACCGCGAGUACCACCACCUCUCGCCGCACCCGCUGCAGUACCAUGAGUAUGCGCCGCCGAUUUACCAUCCCGUGCCGGACCCUUAUUACAGGCGGCACACUCCAUAUUUCGGUCAACCGGAUUACAGAGUUUACGAACUCAAUAAGCGGUUACAACAGAGGACAGAGGACUCAGACAACCUCUGGUGGGACGCGUUCGCGACGGAGUUUUUCGAGGACGACGCGACGUUAACGCUCACCUUCUGUUUAGAAGAUGGACCUAAGAGAUACACAAUAGGAAGGACGCUGAUACCGCGCUACUUCCGCAGUAUAUACGAGGGCGGAGUCUCAGAGCUGUAUUACACGAUGCGGCAACCCAAGGAGUCCUUCCACAACACCAGCAUCACGCUGGACUGCGACCACUGUACGAUGGUCACGCACCACGGCAAACCCAUGUUCACUAAGGUGUGCACAGAAGGUCGGCUGAUCCUCGAGUUCACAUUCGAUGACCUGAUGCGCAUCAAGUCCUGGCACAUGGCGGUCCGCGCUCAUCGAGAGCUCAUCCCGCGGCAGGCCGUCCAUCCGCCGGACCAUGCCGCCCUGGACCAGCUCUCCAAGAACAUCACACGUCAGGGCAUCACCAACUCCACGCUCAACUACUUGAGGUUAUGCGUGAUCCUGGAGCCGAUGCAGGAGCUGAUGUCGCGGCACAAAGCGUACGCGCUGUCGCCGCGGGACUGCCUCAAGACCACGCUCUUCCAGAAGUGGCAGCGGAUGGUCGCACCCCCUGAGUCGCAGCGGCCGGCGAGCAAGCGGCGCAAGCGCAAGGGCAGCGCGGGCGCCAACGCCGCGCCCCCCGCGCCCGCCAAGAAGCGCUCCCCCGGACCCAACUUCAGCCUCGCCUCACAGGACGUGAUGGUGGUGGGCGAGCCGUCGCUGAUGGGCGGCGAGUUCGGCGACGAGGACGAGCGGCUCAUCACGCGGCUCGAGAACACGCAGUACGAGGGCGACGCCGAGUGGAGCGCGCCGCCGCCGCCCGAGCCCGCCAAGACCCCGCCCAACCACUGACGCCCGUAGCCGAGCACACCACGACAACACCACGACACCACCACGACACCACCACGACCAGACAAGCGGUGCCGUCAUGUCAACAUUUACCAACUUUGCCGUUCUUAACCGGUGGUCCGGUGUCCCUGGAAGCACUUGAAGACAAUUUAGAAGCGAAUUUUUUUUAUAUUAAAGGAAAAAAUGGAAAAAACAAGCUUCCAACACCACGACACAGACCAGCCAAGCGGUGCCGUGAUGUCAACAUUUAGCAACUUUGCCGUUCUUAACCGGUGGUCCGGUGUCCCUGGAAGCACUUGAAGACAAUUUAGAAGCGAAUUUUUUUUCAUAUUAAAGGAAAAAAUGGAAAACACAAGCUUCCGGCAGGAGUUGUACCCGCAAACUGCAUUGCUCUUAACCGAUUGAGCUCCGGAAGCCUCGAACCUCGCAAAUCUUUCCAUACCCUUAUUAUUACCCGCCUUGGGGUGGGUCCUUUAAUAUAAAAAAUUGUAGUUCGUUCGCAGGCGUAUCUGCUUGUUAAAAAUUAGAACAUCCUUUUGUCGACGACUAGGAAACGCAUUUUUUUAAUUAAAUAUUUUGAUUUGUGUCGUUUUUAAGUAGCCGCGCUGCUAUAUAAAUUGAAAUAAAUAUCAUAUAGGAAAGAAAAAGUGACCGAUGAAAGGAACCGGAAGGAACUAUAUAAUCAAAAGCGCCUAGCUUUUCAAAACUUGCAUGUACUAAAAAAACUGGGCAAUUGCGAGUCGGACUAGCCCACCGAGGGUUCCGUACUUUUUAGUAUUUGUUGUUAUAGCGGCAACAGAAAUACAUCAUUUGUGAAAAUUUCAACUGUCUAGCUAUCACGGUUCGUGAGAUACAGUUGUGACGGCCAGAUGGACAGCGGAGUCUUAGUAAUAGGGUCCCGUUUUUACCCUUUGGGUACGGAACCCUAGAAAUCAAUCGAUUCGACCUCUGUGAUCUGGAUGGAUCGGUAGUUGUGCCGUCUGCUGCGAAUGCAUAAGAACACCGGUGACUUUAGUCAGUUUUUCUUUCGAUAUGACAUCAAUUUCAGUUUUAUAAUUCUUUGGCAUGAAUGCCGACUGGUAAAGUAUUGAGUUGCAUAAAUUUGUUAUAAAAAUAGCCCUUUUCUGCUUCUGUUGAAAUCGCGAUGAAAUUACACCAUUUCACCUCAAGAACGUGAUAUCAAGUGUUCGGCGUCCAAUGAGGGCUACCGUUUUUGUGCUCACCAGUUGGCGCCACUGUAGAUGUAGGUCCAGAAAAACAGGUCUCAAAAUUCUUCUAUGCUUAUUUUUAAAAAAUCUAUACGUUCUAAUAAACACAAAGGUAUUUUAAUGUAUAAAUGUGUCAUUUUUUCAACCUGUUUAAUUUUGCAUAUAUUUUAGUUGGCACUUUUUUAAACCACUAACAUUUAUUGAGCUAUAUCUAUUGUUUACUAUGAUUAAUCAAAGAUGGACAAAGAUUUACUACAAUUAUGAAUAAGGAGUGAAAAUUUCCGAUAAAAAAGCUUGAAACCCCCCAAACUUCUAUGCAUUUGACAUUUUGAAAGACCUUCAUCUACACUAGCGCCCCUAGCGGCGAAAUUAAACGCGGUAGCCCUCAUUGGUUAAUUUCGUGAUGGUAGCACAGAACAAAUUAAGUAGUAAAUUUAUAUACCUAAUUAAGUUGACUAGUUGGGCAAGAACAAAUAUUUUAAAACUUGUAUCUGGUUUAAAGUGCAUUUAGUUGCUACCGACCACAGUUAUGAAACAAUACUGCGUUGAAGUUAUAAAUUUUGACAUAUCACUAGCUAAAGUCGCAAGGAAACAUCUUCUGAAUAACAGUUUUGCUAAAAUUCAGGGUAAUAUUUAAUUUAUGACUACCUUCCGUUCACAAUAGAUUAAGAAUAGAGAUCUAAAAGAAAUCAUUCAGAAAAUGUUUCCGUUGCGCUCGAAUAUAUGGCAAGAGAAAUCGUGGAUACGCGUAGUCUGUGGGCCUUGUCGUCUCGAAAAGCGGUGGAAUAUCGCCUAUCCCUGUCUGACUGCAGCUGUGACUGAGUGAGUGAAAGGGACCAGACGUCUAUCGUGUUUUCGAAUCGAUCACAAGCCCUGUACGUGUCCUGGACGGCGUCAGUGCCAGACUGUUUAUGAGCCCCUGGUACAUUGUAAUUUUUUGACUUUUACGAAACGCGGGCACACAUGGAUUAUUGUCAACAGAUAUAAAUAAAUAAAUAUAGGCCUUUACGGAUAAAAUAAGUUAA